AUGAAGGUGUUGGGACCUCCCUGGAUCCGAAGGAGCGCAGCACUCGUGUCUUCAGCCCGGACGUCUGUGAAGCAAAACAAAAUGCGGACCUGAGUGACACAACUGCAUGGCAGGGAGGCUCCCCAGGACACCAUGGACCAGUUCAAGGAUCACACAUUUGAUGCCAACAUCAAAGACAAUCAGUCUUUGCUUGGCAACUUUUCUUUCAACAAGACCAUGCCAGUGGUGGCAUUCCAGGGCGUGAGCACGGUCCUCAUCCCCCUCGUCUAUUUCAUCGUCUGCGUGAUUGGACUCAGCGGCAACACGCUGGUCAUCUACGUUGUACUUCGCUACACCAAGAUGAAGACCGUUACAAACAUUUACAUCUUUAACUUGGCCAUGGCGGAUGAGCUCUUCAUGCUGGGCCUGCCCUUCUUGGCCACUCAGAACGCCCUGUCCUACUGGCCAUAUGGGACAUUCCUGUGCCGCCUGGUCAUGACCGUUGAUGGCAUCAACCAGUUCACCAGCAUCUUCUGCCUGACCGUGAUGAGCAUUGACCGCUACUUAGCCGUGGUCCACCCCAUCAAGUCCACCAAGUGGCGCAGGCCAAGGGUGGCCAAGAUGAUCAGUGCCACUGUGUGGUUGCUCUCCUUCUUGGUUGUGCUGCCCGUGAUCAUCUAUGCUGACAUUCAAGAGGAAUUCAACACGUGCAACAUUAACUGGCCGGACCCCAAAUCCGUCUGGUCUGCAGCCUUCAUCAUCUACGCCUCCGUGAUAGGAUUUUUUGGACCCUUGCUGGUCAUCUCCCUCUGUUACCUGCUAAUUGUGAUCAAGAUCAAAUCGUCCAGCUUGCGCGUGACAUCGGUCCGAAGGAGGAACUGCGAGCGGAAGGUCACCCGCAUGGUGGUGGUCAUCGUGCUGGUGUUUGUCAUCUGCUGGCUCCCUUUCUACAUUCUGAAUAUCGUCAACCUGAUUGUCCUGCUGCCCGAGGAGCCUGUGGUGAUGGGCAUCUACUUCUUCGGCGUGGUGCUCUCCUAUGCCAACAGCUGCACAAACCCCAUUUUGUACGGUUUCCUCUCAGACAACUUCAAGCAGAGCUUUCGGAAAGUCUUGUGCUUGCGGAAAGGCAACGAGAUCGAGGACUGCGAGCAGCACCUGCCCAGGCUGGACAACAGUAAGGUCCACAACUCGUACGAGUGCCAGCGGAAUAACGGCUACAGUGGGCACAUGCAGACCAGCCAGCUGUGAGCCAAAGGCGGAACAAUUUGUUUUGUAUUCUUAUUAAGGCCCGAAUUCUGGCACCCAGGACUGAAAGCCCCUGAACAAAGGAGUGAUGAGGUGGGCCGUUUAUUGUCUUAUGUCUGCACGCUUGCUGGAGACCACUGAUACCCGAUGUCUCCGGGUUUGCUGGUACCUUUUUCAGUAGGUGGCCGGGUCUUUGAACCCUUUUCAUUUGGACAAAAGGCACGUUGGAUGUAAGAGAGCACCGAAGGUGGUCCUGAGGGUGUAUUUUUUUUUUUUUGUUGGUCACCAAGUGUCACCAUGCUGAUGUCAACCAUUCUCAUCUCCAUCCACAAUUCCUACAGCUGUGGUUCAGUUUCCCUUGGGGAACCAAUCCUAACAGACGGAAUGUACUAGCGCUCUGCUCACAAGGCUCCGCCCACUGUCGACAAUUCAUGGUUCUAUAGCCACACCCAUGUUCUCUCACUGGGAGACUUGAUUCAGAAAGGCUCCACCCACUGCCGACAAGUUCUGAUGUCUUGUGGCUUCGUAGCUCCACCCACCAUUGACAAAUUCUGGACACUCGUACUUCCGUAGCUCCACUCAGUUCUGUCUUUGACUCCGAAAGACUCCAUCCACUGUGGACAUGUCGUGGAAGCUCAUUGGUCCAUAGCCUCAGCACUAUUCUCUCAUUUUGAAGAUUGACUCAAAAUGGCUCCUCCCACUGUUGACAAGUUCAGGUUGUUUAUGGUUCCAUAGUCCAACCCCUAGCCUGAUUCAGAAAGCCUCCGCCCACUUUUGAUGAGUUCAGAAGACCUGUGGUUUUAUAGCCACACCCCAUUAUCUCAUUGGGAGACUUGAGAGCAAAAGGCUCCACCCACUAUGGACGAGUUCAGAAGACUUGUGACUCCACACCUUUUUCCUCUUAUUGAGAGGACUGACUCAAAUGGGCUCCACCCACUCUUAACAGGUUCAUAAUGCUUUUGGUUCCAUGGCCACGCCCCUUUCCUGAUUCAGGAAGGCUCCACCCACUAUGGACAAGUUCAGAAGGCUUGUGGUUCCAUAUCUCAAUCAUUUUUAAUCUUAUUGAGAGGACUGACUCAAAUAGGCUCCACCCACUCUUAACAGGUUCAGAAGUCUCGUGAUUCCAUAGCCACACCCCAAUAUCUCAUUGGGAGACUUGUGUCCAAAAGGCUCCGCCCACUAUGGACGAGUUCAGAAGGCUUGUAGCUCCAUAGCUUUUUCCUCUUAUUGAGAGGACUGACUCAAAUGGGCUCCACCCACUCUUAACAGGUUCAUAAUGCUUUUGGUUCGAUAGCCACACCCCUUUUCUGAUUCAGGAAGGCCCCGCCCACUAUGGACAAGUUCAGAAGGCUUGUGGCUCCGUAGCCACGCCCCUGUUAUCUCAUUGGGAGACCUGAGUCAAAAAUGGCGAGUUCGAGAGGCUUGUUGCUCCGUAGCUCCACUCCAUCCUCUCAUUGGGAGACUUGACUCAUUGAGACUCCUCCCACUUUUGAUGACUUUAGAAGGCUGGUGGCCCCAGUCCUAACUCAUAAAGGCUCCACCCACUGUUGACGAGUUCAGGACGACUCUCUUUGUUCCAUCAGCUUCAUCCCGGCUUCUCACUGGGGGACUCAACUCACGCCAAGCCGACUCUGCUGAGACCAAAGGAGAGUAAGUAAAAGAGUCGAGGACGGACAGACACUCCAUAAAAGGCUGGGCUGCAUGGUGUGAAAGCUCCAGGGCAUAUUGAGCUCCUGCCAGUUUAGAGAAUAAAAGGGAAUUUGCCUAAUCGACCACUUUUCACCCUCCAUGCCAACGUUCAAGCACCACUCUGGAAGGCCUGUAAACUGCCAGCGGCACAAUCAGCAGCUCCUGUAAAGACACUCCAUUGAUUUUACUAGCAUUUCAUUUUUGUCCUCUCGUGGUCCCCAUCUCAGUUUCUUCUCCGCCUGGAAAUGCUAAAUAAGAAACUCCAAGAAAGCUGGGAGGCUUCAUGUGAUUGCAACUCCUUAGCCAUUGUUGUUCCCAGCUUUUGCUGUCCCGGCCAGACCUGGUGUGCCAUUUUCCACUGAUGUCCGAGUCGUCACCCUGUACCCUGGAGUACCCGCUUUACUGCCCACACAAGACUGAAUGGCUGAUUGCUCCUUGAAUUGACUGACUGGUGUUGGUGUCGACUAGACGGUGGGUGACGCGCACCCCCUGCACUGCUUUAGAGACUCCAUGUAACAAACUUCAGCACUGUGGCCUCAGCGGCACUGGGGUCCUCGGUGUGUCUGCCUGUUACAUUUCAUUAAAGAUAAUGGAGGAUGAGCGCC